UCCCUGUCACCCCAGGUGCCCAUUUCUGCUGCCAGCACUGACUCAGCAGCUGUGCAGGACAGCGUUGGCUUGGACUAUUCUCUUCCCCCCACAUCACCGGCAGUUGGUGGGCAAGCUUCCUGGGCAGCCACAGGUGACGAAACCUGUCACACCAGCAGGAGUACGGGACUGUUCUUGAGCCCCCACCCCCAGACUUCCUUCCUCUCUUGGGGGGUACAAGUCUGGCAAGUGAGAGCGGCAGCGGCAUCUGACUGGGGCAGUCUUCCCAAGAAGAUGCAGCUGCUCCUGUUCCUGAUGGCCUUUCUCCUACCCCCCGGGGCUGGGGCAGGGGAGAUCAUCGGAGGCCAAGAGGCCAGGCCUCAUUCCCGCCCCUACAUGGCUUUUCUUAUAAUCCAGACUCCAGUGGGGUACAGCACCUGCGGGGGUUUCCUGGUGAGAGAAGACUUUGUGCUGACAGCAGCUCACUGCUGGGGAAGUCCUAUCACCGUCAUCCUGGGGGCCCACAACAUCAGGAGGGAGGAAAGAACCCAGCAGCACAGGUCUGUGCUCAGAGCCAUCCGCCACCCUGAAUACAAUCAACAGAGCAACGUGAAUGACAUCAUGUUACUGCAGCUGGAAAACAGAAUCCAACAGAGUGAAGCUGUGAGGACAGUGUCUCUGCCUCAGGCACAGGCCAGACUGAGACCUGGGGCCGUGUGCACCGUGGCAGGCUGGGGCCUGGUGAGCCUGAGCAGGAGUACAGACAGACUCCAUGAGGUGCAGCUAACCGUGCAGAGGGAUAGCAGGUGCCGCGAUCGCUUCAGUUUCUACACCGGCCAAACACAAAUUUGUGUGGGAAACCCAAGUUCGAGGAAGUCCGCCUUCCUGGGGGACUCCGGAGGCCCCCUGAUAUGUAACAAUGUGGCCGAGGGGAUUGUCUCCUAUGGAGACAGGAGGGGGAUUCCUCCCGCAGUCUUCACCAGGGUGUCCAGCUUCGUGAACUGGAUAACCAGAACAAUGGAACGCUUCAAGCAGCAGAACCAGACCUGGACGCCUCUGUGACUGAUUCUGCUCUGGGGCGGCUCCAGAGGGGGUGGCCAGAACCUUAAUAAAUGUCCAUGUCUAGAGUGGAAUUAACUGACUUUUCAU